GUCACUAUGGCUCACUAUGGCAACCCUAGUACACAACAGAGUCCAUUGGACUCCUCUGGGAGAGGAUAUGAGCACAUUACGGAAUUCCUAAAGAAGGACGAUGGCAUCUAUAUAUCAGCUCUCCGACAGUCAAAGUGUCAUCCCUGUGCUUAUGGGAAAGGACAGGAACGUCACCCUAGUACUGGACACGUCUGAGGCUAUGACUGCUAUUCUGGGAACAGUGAAGAAUCUGAUUAUUCAAACUCUACUCGCUAAGGCUUCACUCAGGAACUCCCUCUUUAACAUCAUCAGCUUUUCAUAUAAGGUAACACCAUGGUCUGAUCAUAUGAUCCCUUGUGCCCCUGAUACGGUGUAUGAAGCCCUAGGCUGGAUCCACACGCUCAGGACCAGCCCUGGAAACGAUCUCCUCACGGCACUCACCACUGCAUUCUCUGACCCUGCCUGUCAGUCUGUCCACCUGGUGACCAGCAGUCUCCCAGACAACCCUGAGACAUGUCUGAGUGGUCUGUCUACCUGUGGGACACGCCCUGUGCACACAUUUCACAUAACUGAAACCCAGGCCUUGGACAGUGACACUUUGGACUUCCUGAAGUGCUUGACCUCUGCCACCAGAGGGAGCUGUUAUAGGCUGUCUCUAAACUCAGACGGCACAGCAGAGCAGGUCACUCUGUUGCACUCAGCAGAACAUCAGAUUCAAAACUCAUCACACUCAGAGGACAGAUGCUGCCAGGCCUUACAUUACAAGCCCAUGCAUGCAGUCUGUCUGUCACCAUACUGGUGUUCUCUUAGAAAUCCCUUUAGUGUGACACCGUGUAUUUCAGUGAGGGUGAUGGGAGGGGUCGAGUUCUUUCCAGGAUGUCGUGUCUUAGCAAGGAGAGAAGCAGAUGGGUUCUACUACCUGGGUACAGUUGUACACCAGCUACAGGAUAGGGGAGGAGUCUUUAUGGUGCUGUUUGAUAAGCUAGCGCUCAGAAGGGACACCAACUCAGAAAUAGCAUUACCCCAGCCAACAUGCCAGCCUGAUAUGGUCAGUAUAACCCAGGCGUAUGGGCACAGUAUAGUGCCUGGUGACGCUGUGCUAGCACCCUUUGAACCACAGAUGGGCAGAUACGGGCCUGGCAGGAUAGUUUCAGGCAUGGAGCUAAGAGAUCCACUGAAGGGUGGAGAAGGAGAUGGUCUUGUGGUACUCUUCUGGAAUGGAGUCAGAAUGCACAUAUCCAAAAACCUAGCUGUGUGGGUACCAGCCUCUCACCAUGAGCGAAUCAUCAGGGAAAUGCAACAUUAUUCGUUUAGAACAUGUUGCCUAAGCCACAGUCACUGUAGUCAAAUUAACUGGACACCAGGCUGCUGCAUGCAUCAGUGUAUCCCACCAGCUUCUUCCAUGUGUCUCUGUCCAGUCAAAAGCUAUCCCCACUUAGCCUCAUCCUACCUCAUGAAAAACCAGGAGAAGGAGGUGAAAGCUGACCAACUGAAGGAGCUGCAGAGCACUCAAGAGACAAAGAUACCUUCACCUUCACCAUCAUCAAGCUCAAGUGAGGAUGAAGAGGAAAAUGAAAAGUUUUCCACAGGUUCUGAGUUGGUGAGCCGCUCAGUGAACACAGAUAUAUCUUGUCUGAAAAGAGCCUACACUGAACCAGAAAGCAGACCUGCCUGGAGGUACUGGAGAAGAGGAGCUCCAGAGCCACAACACAAACAACCAGGGAUAAUGACCAAAUCACCAAAUGUAAGCAAUUCUUGGUCUGGAAAAAUCAGACAUCCUGGAUAUUCCUCAUCCAAUUCUAUGACCACCAAUCACAGCUCAUUAUUUGAAAUGGUUCCUGAUUCUGUGAGAAAAGGUGUAACAGUAAGAGAGAUAUUUGACUGGACUGAACCGCCACCACCCUCUAAAGCUGUAUCUCCACUGGCUUUUGCAUUGAGCAAAAUUUCAGCCAAACCAACAUUAUAAGCUAUGUUAAAAUCUAAUCAGUAAAACUGGAAUUUAAUAAAAAUAUAUGUGUGGGUAUGUUGAUGUUUUGUCAUGGACUGUGAAACUGAGGAGUUUUAAAAGAGCACAUGUACAAUAAAUUCCAGAAAGAA